CCCAUAGGGGCUGCCAGGCCCCAAAAACUGCCCUGGGGCCCCCGUACGCCUGGCCCCCCAUGGGUGCCAGGCCCAAAAAUCUGCCAGGGCCCCCUUACCGCUGGUCCCACCUGCUGGGUUCCACAGUGUGUCAUGGGUCCUGUACCGCCUCCCAUUGCUCCCACUCUCGCCAUGUGCCACUUUCAGGUCUCCUCACACUCCUUGUGGUUUCCAUUUUGUCAUAGUUGCUGGCAAUUACAGCUCCCAUCAGGUGCUAGCCAGGCCCCAAAUCUGCCAUGGGCCCCCGUACCGCCUGGUCACGCUGCUGCUGGGUCCACAGUGUGUCAUGGGUCCCUGUACCGCCUCCCAUUGUCUCCAUCCCACUCUGCCAUGUGCCACUUUCAGGUCUCCUCA